AUGCAGGACGCCUGGACUGCUCGCAAAGCUGAGGAGAUCCAAGGCUACGCGGACCGCAACGAAUGGAAGAACUUCUUCUCUGCGAUCAAAGCUGUCUACGGUCCGCCGACGAAGGGCACCGCUCCUCUCCUCAGCGCCGACGGCAGUACUCUCCUGAUUUAGAAGACGCAAAUCCUUCAGCGAUGGGCCGAGCAUUUCCGAGGCGUCCUAAACCGCCCUUCCGCCAUCUCCGACGCCGCCAUCGCGCGUUUGCCGCAAGUCGAGACCAACGCGGACCUAGACCUCCCGCCAUCUCUCCAGGAAACCAUCAGGGCCGUGCAGCAGCUCUCCAGCGGGAAAGCACCCGGAUCGGACGCAAUCCCUGCUGAGGCCUACAAGCACGGAGGUCCCCAACUCAUGGAUCACCUGACUGCGCUCUUCCAGGAGAUGUGGCGUCAAGGUGAAGUCCCGCAAGAUUUCAAGGACGCAACAAUAGUGCACCUAUACAAGCGAAAAGGGAAUCGCCAAGUCUGCGACAAUCACCGCGGCAUCUCCUUGCUAAACAUCGCCGGUAAGAUCUUCGCCCGCAUCCUUCUCAACCGCCUCAAUAACCAACUGGAACAGGGCCUUCUGCCGGAAAGCCAGUGCGGCUUCCGUCGUCAUCGCGGGACCACGGAUAUGAUCUUCGCUGCCCGUCAAAUUCAGGAAAGGUGCCAGGAGAUGCGGACCCACCUGUACUCUACCUUACGUGGACCUGACGAAAGCCUUCGACAUGGUGAAUCGUGA